AUGGAAAAUGGAAACAAUAAGUAUGUGAAUCAACUCUGUGCUGGUGAUCAAUUAAGCGUUGAGAGGGCUGCCAACACCAUUCAUUCUGUUUCUAAUGGUUACACACCAGAAGACAGGUUAGAAGGCUUCAACAUUCAAAUUGGUGAUUGGCACACAGGAGUAAAGAUUCUCGAGGUACAAUUUGAUUUUUUACUAUCCAUUUUUUCGAAUGCUUUUUUACUUCACUUCUAGUUCCAGCUGUCUGUGGCAACCAUAAUGUUUAUGUUACAAAUCUAGGACAAAUUUUGUAAGCAAUAUUGGUUUUAUUAUAAUUUUAUAAAACUUUGAUAAUAAUGGUAGAUUGGCAGCCCAAAAAACAGAAGGACAGAAGGUGGAUUUCUAAUAUAUUCCACUUUAGAUUUAUAUAAUUUGAUGUGGCGAUAUUAAAUUCAAUAAUUUGUAUUCAUUAUUGAAUGAAAUUCAUAAUUUGUGUAUACUUUUUGUUAACCCAUUUAGCAGCAAUGCACCUGACUACAUUGAGCAGCAAUGUGCACUACUCUAUCUAACACCAGACAAUUUUACUCGUCAAGAGGAUUCUUGCAGCUCAAGUCUGAUCAGCCAAUAGCGAUGACUUUUUAAAUACAUUAAAUUCAGAAUUCAGUUGUUCAAAAAUUUCCAUAACAAAAAAUUGUUCUUGUUAAAAUGUUUAUUGCAUGUGCAUGUUGAACACAAAGCAAUAUAGCUGUAAAAUUUAUCAUAAAUGUUAAUUAAAUUUUAAACAUUUUCCAAUUUUAAAAAUUUUUGCACUAAUAUAUGUAUAAUUUUAUAUUUUUUGUAUUUAAUUCACCUUGUGUUCAUAGAUGUUAUACUGACAGUUUUACUCUAUGGGUUCCUCAGAUGAUGAUUGCACAAUGGUAUCUGACAGAAAUGUCAUCAACAGAAGGAAUGUAAGAGCAGAUCCACAUACAGCCUACCGAGCUGAUAGAGAUUUUCUCAUUCUGGAAGUAACUUCUCGGGUUGUUGCAGCAGCAUAUCAAGUCCUUGGCUUACAAGCAAAAGUGACAGACCAAAGCAUGUCCCAAUACCAGAUGGAAUUGAUCAAAUGAGCAAGCUGGUUAAACUGCAGUUUCUACACAAGGUUGCUGCCAAAAUUGUUGAUAAGCUUAUUGUGGAUGAAGAAAUGAUGGAUGCCAGCAUCAAAACCAUGAUCUCGUCCCAAGAAAGAAAAGAAAUGAUGGAUCACAUGAAUAUAGACAAGGAUGGACGCUUUCCAUGUCGUUUUUUAGACUGUUCCAAAUCGUUUAAAUAUAAUGGCAAAUCCCGACAAACGCAUGAAUUGAGUCAUGAUCCGCCUGUUAUUGUGGAUGAUGCACCAUGUAAUGUUACUGUUCACAAUGAGGCUGAAAAUUUGCAGAACAGUUUUGACGAUGUUUUUAGUUAUAACACUGCGCUUCUCUCGGAAGGUUUGUACUUUAUGAAUUUUUUGGAUGCCAUUGCUGAGGGGGACAGUAUUAGGAUUAUUCGCUAGUACAAGUACUUAAUGCUGUUAUGUAAAGCUGGUGGAUCGCACAGCGUCAAGUAUGCUUUAGAGAGUCUUUAUCAACUUCUUCUUAUCAAUGGGUAUUUGAGUCACGAUGAAUCAGAAGUUAUUACUUGGAACAGAACUGUCAACAAUCAUGGUGGUGCAGGAUGA